AUGGGCUUAUUAAAUUAUGCUUCUCUAGGCAUCAAACUUUUUACAAUAGCUACAGCAAUCAUAAGCUUUGUUCUUGGAGCCACGACAAUAGCAGGAGAAGUAGGAUACACAUCAAUUUUGGUUUGCAUUUAUUUGAUGUAAUAACUAAGCAGGCUGUUUUCCUUAAUAAUCAUCUGUGCAGAGGUAUCUCCUUAUAUAUCUGGGAAUUACAUUGCUAGAUUUUUCCCUUUUAUUGAGAGCCAAUUAGGAAAGUCUCUAUUUAUGGCUGUUUUAGCAAGCUUUUGCUUUGGAUAUGAGAUGGGCGAAUAUGGAUUUGCAACUGGGGUUCUAUUAUUUGUUUCAGCUGCAUUAGGUGUGGCAAUAUCUGCAGUAUCGAGAAGAUCUGCCCAGAGAGAAAGCUUCAAAACUCAGUCUCAAUUCUAUAAUGAUGAAGACAUGUAUGGAUCUUAA